AUGCCUGUAUACUAUAUCUUCCUCGGGUUUUGCGCGAUAGGGCGGGCGGCGCCCUCGAUGGAGCGACCAACCAGUGCGGUCGCUGACUUUGCUAUGCUUCCGCCGUCCCACCGGUCCUUCGUUACAGACAGCCUAGAUGUCUAUGAAAAUGAUCUCCAGUUCGGCGUCACCGCCGACGGGAUCCUCCUCAAGGGCCCGCCUAUGCGACGCGACACCGACCUCGACUCUCUCUACUUCGGCACGGCGAUGGGAGAAUGA